AAUGGGUUGUUGUUAAAUUAAGGGUCAAAAAAAUAAUGAAAAUUAAAAUGAAAUAGUAAUUAUAAAGGGUGAACAAGAAGAACAAAAGAAUACAUCUGUUGUUUAAGAAAAAAAAAUUUAAUAAGGAAAAAUUGAGAUUUAACCAAUAAUUUAAAAGGAUACAAAUUAGACAUUGCCUAUUUAAGAAAAAUACUUAAUGUUGCUUGGGACAGCAGGAGUUGGAAAAAGCACUCUUUUUUAAUAAUUGGAAUUAUCAGAUGUUCCAAAUGAAACAACAUCUACCAUUUCAAAUUACCAUGAAGGAAAAUUAAAUGAAUAUUUUUUUAUAGACACACCAUCCUUUUAAUUAGAUGAUGAAAUAGAAACAAGAGAAAUUUUUAUAAAGGAAUUCUAGGAAUAUUUUGAUAAUAGAAAAUAUAUUUCAAGUUUUGGAAUAGUUGUUAAUUUUGAAAGAACUGAUUUAAUGAAGAAAAAAGUGUUAUAAGUUUUAAAAUAUCUUAGAAAAUUUAAAGAUAUUAUAUCAAUUAUAGUUGUAAACAUGGAAUUAAGUGACAAUGUAGAUGAAGAUAAAAAACAUUUGAGAGAUAGUUUUAAACAUAUGGGAUGUCAUCGAAUAUUAUUUAUUAGCAAAGAAAUGAAACAGAAACAAAUUUUAGAGUAAAUAUAGGAAAUUUAAUUUAUCAAAACACAUAUUGAUCUAACUGAUACCAUUUUUGAAAAGAUAACUUAAAGUCAAGAAAAAAGAUAAUUACAAGAUCUAAAAAUAAGAUUGGAUUAAAGAUUAUGA